GAAAGACCUUUUUAUCAAAUAACAAACGGAAAUAAUAUAAAUAGGAAGAGUUGAAACAACAAAUCAAAUUCCAAUAUGUUAAUUAUCCCACCAUUUUCUUUUCCUAUAAAAUUACCAAGAAUUAUACAGUUACUUUGUUGGAUAAAAUGAACACUACCCUGUUGUUGAGACGCUGUUUUUGCUGCUCAUCUUCUUCUCCUCUUGCUUCUUCACUUAAAAAGAAACCUCUUGUUUUCUUGGGUUCUCCACAGGUGUCAACAAAGGUGCUUGAUGCUCUCUUCAAUGCAUCUCAGUCUUCAAACUCAUCUUUUGAGGUUGCAGCCAUCGUUACCCAACCGCCUUCGCAGAAAAAUAGGGGCAGGAAGGUGCUUCCUUCUGCUGUUGCUCAAUAUGCCCUUGAUAGGGGUUUCUCUCCUAAUCUCAUUUUCACACCAGAGCGGGCCAGUGAGGAAUGGUUGUUGGCCAAUUUAAGAGAGUUGGAGCCAGAACUCUGUAUUACAGCAGCGUAUGGGAAUAUUCUAUCCACCAAGUUCCUAAACAUCCCGAAGCAAGGCACGGUAAAUAUACACCCAAGCUUGCUACCCCUGUACCGAGGUGCUGCUCCUGUUCAGAGAGCAUUGCAGGAUGGUGUAAACGAAACUGGUGUUUCUUUAGCAUUCACUGUAAGAGCACUGGAUGCUGGACCUGUCAUUGCAUCUCAAAGAUUUCGCGUUGAUGACAAUAUUAAGGCCCCAGAUCUACUGGAUGUUCUCUUUGAUCUUGGAUCAAAACUUCUAUUGCAUGAGCUUCCUUCAAUACUUGAUGGAACAGCGAGAGCUAAAGCACAACCUCAAGAUGAUUCUAAAGCCACAUUAGCCCCAAAGAUUGUUCAGGAAGAAUCAUGGCUAUCAUUUGAUCAAGAAGCUACCAUCCUGCACAAUAAGGUCCGGGCAUUUGCAGGUUGGCCAGGUACUCGAGCCAAAUUUCAAGUUGUGGAUGCAGAAAAUGACCAAAAAAAUAUUCUAGACCUUAAAAUUAUCACAACUAAAGUUUCCAGCAAUUCCGGUGUUCAGAAUGCUGAAUCAGAUUAUGCGGCUUUCAAAAAUGGUGCAUUGAUCAUCACAUGUGCUGGCGGCACGGUCUUAGAGGUUCUAGAAGUUCAGAAGCCGGGAAAGCAAGUGGUCAAUGCAGCUGCAUUUUGGAAUGGCUUGCGCGGUCAAAAGCUAAAGGCUUGUAGAUAAUGAAGCUGAUUCGUUACAAGUACAAAAUAUUCCAAGCCCGGAUGAAGAAGAAGGGUCACCGCGUGUGUUUAAAUUGUUUUCGACAACACCUCGGUAAAACCAAGACAAUGAUCAUGUAACCGAACCCAAUAUUUUGGAUUAAAGGCUUUGACAUUGUUGUUUUUGUAUACUCCCCUAGCAAGGUUUUACUUAUUGAGCCCAAAUAAUAAGAGAACCCAAGAUACAAAAAUGGAAAAAUCAUUCUGUUGAUAUAGAAGUAUAAAUGAUAGAAGAAUUAACCAAGCACCAGAAUUUCUUGUAAUCAAUUAUCAAUGGCUGAGACCCAAAAUGUAAAAAGAAAAUGUCACAUGAUUUGUUGUAGUUUUGGGUGCCUUGAUCCUUUAGACUCAUGGUUGGACAGUUGACAUAUGGAGAAUAUGAUUGGUAUAUUGGUGGGACCGAUAUGCCAACUCGAUUUUAGAUGGUUUAGAGUUAGCUUUUGGACAUCGGCUUUAUCUUAUGGGAGUCCAAUAUGCCAACUAGAUUUUAGAUGGUUUCAGAAUUCUUGUUUAGUGCAGCAAGCCUACAAGCCAACUCAGCUUUCCCUUCUGGAAACACGAGUUUUUUAUGCUUUUUUUGCUCUUGAUUGAAUAUAAAUGUGUUAAGCUAUGGAGUAGUCAUAAAUAACUUAAUUACACAUUAGAUAAGAUAUGUUGAACACUUCUAAUACCCCUCUCUCAUUGUAAUCCUAAACUCUAACCCUCGCUUUUCUCCAAACCUUAACCAUCAU